UCGGGAUGCAAUCUUACUCAUUGCGUAUUUAUUACAACUUCUGAAGAGAUUGACGAAUUUAGGCGCUCUCAUAACCCCUGCUUUUUUAAAGGAAAACGUCGGCGUGUAUUCCAGAAGGUAUCAAAUAAUUUGGACUCCAAGCUUGUUGCUGAUUUUCAUCUUACUCAGUUAGCUAAAGAUCCGCACGUUGUAGCAGUCCGUGUGGAAUGGUUCCUUGAUCAUUUAAUGGCGCAAAUUCUUCCAAAAUGGCCCAUACCUGACGAAUUUCGGUAG